CCCAUCCGCCACUUUUAGGCUCAAUUUGAACGAAUUGUCGCCACUAUGUUUGAUUAAGUCACUAUACUACGUUUAAUUAAGUCACUAUACUAAGUUUAAUUAAGUCACUAUACUUUUAGACAUCUCAAGCUCCACCUACGGAAGUACCGGUCUACUUAUCUAUGCUUUCAGUUCGAGUUAUCACGAUUGCUGGAGUGUGGUCUCAAUAGUAUUUUCAGACAUUUUAAUUCCAAUCGAUACUUUUAAAAUACUUUAAUAAUAAUUAUGUCUCUUACUGGUACAUGUUUUCUUUGAUUUUUUUAAACAUGUUGACUUUCAAGAAUUUAUUGCGUAUAGGUCAACGUGAGAAAAAAAGUUUUUUCAGAUUAUAUUCAAAUUAUUACGAUAUCCGAGCUGCUUAUCAAAGUAGAGAAAACGUUAUAACAGAUGAAAAAUUAUCGAAGAUUAAGGAACCAAUUCAAUUGCUUGAUGAAUGGUUUGAACUAGCUAAGAAUCAUCCAAAUAUCUUAGAACCUCAUGCUGUUUGUUUGGCAACUGCAACUAAGAAUGGAUUACCGUCAGCUAGAUUUGUUUUGUGUAAAAGUCACAGCAAAGAUGGAUUCACUGUUUUUACACACUAUACAAGCAGAAAAGGACAAGAUUUAGAAGAGAAUCCAAACUGUGCCCUAACUUACUAUUGGGAGCCUUUUAAUCGUUCAAUUAGAAUUGAAGGUAUAGCAGAGAAACUCCCACUUUCAGUGGCAGAUGAUUAUUUUAAAAAGAGGCCAUAUGAUAGCAAAAUUGGGGCUUUAUGUAGCGAUCAAAGUAAGCCUAUAAGAAGCAGAAAUACUUUAAUGGAAAAAGAAAUUGAAUUGAAAGAAAAGUAUCCUGAUACUACUAAAGUGCCUAGACCACCUCAAUGGGGCGGAUAUUUAAUAAAACCCCAUACUAUGGAAUUUUGGCAGGGUCAAACGGAUCGAAUUCAUGAUAGGAUUCGUUUUCGUAAAUUGAAAGAUGGAGAGGCCAUUGAUGAAACUAUUUCUCACAUGGUUGAAGAUGGAUGGUACUGGGAGAGACUUGCACCAUGAUAAAAGUGAUCUUACAAAUGUUUUGUACAAAUAAAGUUUUUUGGGUAUGGU